AUGCUCACAUACCGCCUUCCCUACAGCCGCGCCUACUCCCAUCAACCCUCUACCCAUUACCUUCAAAGCUUCGCUACCUCUACCGGCUGCUACCUCCGCAAACAUCUCCCUGCGAACCUGGCUGUGCCAAAACGUCCAGCCAAGAGCCCCAACGCCGCCGAUGAUUGCAGACAUAACCCACGAAACCAACACCAGUCCUACAACACUGGAGGUGCCAGUCUGAGGACGCUUGAGGUGAAGGAUCGUCGUUGUCAGGUGGUGGAGUUGGAGGCUGCGGAACGACGCAGUAAGGUUGUGAUUCUCGGGGUCCGGACGGUUGAGGAAUCAUUGGAGAAGUUUGGGUGGUAG